AUAUCCUCCGACAGAGCAGCAGCGCCCUCUUUAGGGCAGUUUGUGCAGCGUCUGCGUUGCGUCUCUGCCCUCGUGCAGGGCCUGCGCACGCUGGUACACGUCACCACAACUGCCAGCAGCGAAUCCCUGCCCAGAGCUGCGCAGCAGCGUUGCGCAAAUAUGCUUGGUAAAAAACGCAGCCAUUUCUCUUCAUCUUGUUGUAAAGCCACAGGUCCGAGAAUGCAAAUACUGCAAUAGUGACUGAUGUUGGGGUUUGUUGGCGAAUUUCUUUAUAUCUAAUUGAAAGACUAAAACUUUUUCCUUCUCAUAAGCAUUGAGUGAAACAGCCACAUAGGCAGCCUAUUUAGACGUGGUCGAUCGAUUCCAUAGCCAAGAAAGUGCGCUUGGUAAACGCGGUAAUGUCAUUGAAUAUCACUGUGAAAAGUGAAGACUCUGAGACCUUUGACGAAAAAGACGAAUCAUAUUCGCUGCUUUCAGGCAAACGAGGCUCAUAGUCUGCAGCUCGUCAUGAUAUUUCUCCGGGAGAAGGCGGUCCAAUAGAAGACCAUGCUGGGUAUUCAACACAGCAUGGGCGGCUAGCAACUAAAACGACUAGCAAACCCAUCGUACAGUGUAAGUUGUUGGUACUGUAUAAUCAGACAGAGAUAGCAUAUUUUUCAGUCUUGUCUCACAGGAACUUUCACUUUUACUUUAGAAAUACUAUUAGAUAAUAGGCAGAAUCUACCGCACACCCAGAGCUGAGUAGUGAAGAUACUGGACGCAACAGGCGAAACAGGAAAAAGUCUGCACACUUUAGAAAUAUUAGUACAAUCUACAAUGAAAGAUCAUAAUUGUAUUGACAUUAUGAGCUAAAGCAAAAUACUAACUGUAUUUGACUGUUUUGCAUGUGACACCUGCCUCUUUCUUUCUUUCCACUAGAUCCUGUGAGUGCUGACCGUUUCUUUACCUCUACUUCCGCCGAUGGCAAAACCAUCUUAAAGAUUGCUCCAGGUGAGUCCUAUUUGUCCCAUUAAAGAGAGCGGUAGAUGGAGAAGAGUAAAAUGAAUAUAACAACACCAUCCUAUAUUUCCUGAUCUAAGCACCUACUGUAGAUGUACCAUUUAUCUGCAGCACCCAAAACCAAAUCUCACGUGCAUGCUGGCUAGCUGGUCGUUAACAUUUGAAUGGUUAAGUCUGUCAUGGGAGAGAGGAUUUACAUUUAGGUAAUUUAGCAGAUGCUCUUAUCUAGAGCGACUUACAGUACUUAUUAAAAUCCCUCUUCUCCUCAGCCCCAGUCAUGACCCGCCCGAAUCCUCGGCCUCCUCCCCAGGUGUCCCCAGAGUUCUCCUACCAGGCUAUCGUGUACCUGAUCGAAGCAGUGGGGCGCCGCUGGAGCCUGUAUGGGACGCGGGAGCGCUCGCAGCUCUUCCAGAGCGUGCAGAAGGAGCUGGAGGAGCAGGGUCACUGUCUGCCUUUUGAGAAGAUCCGCCGCAAGUGGAACAACUUGAUCGUCACCUAUAAGAGGGUCAAAUACAGAGGCAGGGAGACCGGCCAGGCCAGAACCUCCUGGGAGUACUUUGAGGUACUUGUUUGUUUUAUAAUAAUAGACGUGUGUUGUUUAGUAAGAAAACCGAUGCGCGUGCAUCUUCUGGGCAAAACAGACAGGGUUGGCUUAGAAUCAGGAUUAUUGAAAACAUACAUACAUUUGCACAAUAAGCACUUUUUGUCUCUCAAAUACAGCUAGCUAGUGAAUUUGAGCCAUGUUAUCAUAGACGUGGUAUAAGUCAAAUCACCUUAAAACAAGACAAGGUAUCAAGAACAAGGUAAAACUAUCUGAAACAAGCCACCUACGAUUCCCCACAUGGCAGCUUCAUGUCAUUGUUGCUAGCUAUCUGACUGUUCAGGAUCACAGCAACACACAGCCUUCUACUCCUGCGUUGCUCACGCAUCAUUUUUGUGACGUCAGGCAACUGUCUAUUCAGUUUGUUGAAAAUGUUGUUCUUGUGGUCAUAGCGGUCUUCUAGUGAAUGCUCAUAAAUUCUAGUGACAUUGGGGGUGUACUAUGAAAGUAAGAAACAAGAUUGUUAUAAGCUGACAAGACCCUCUUAUCUCAACAUUCCAUCUCUCUCUGUCUCUUUCUGUUUGUCUCUCUCUUUCUCUCUCAUAAGAUGAUGGAUGCCAUGCUUGGUGACACCAUCGGCGCCGAGACCACUAGCAGCCCUACCCUAGUAACCAGCAACCCUAAGGUGUACGUCGCCACGGAAACCGCCAAAGCAGAGCAGAAGCCCCUCCUUCCCUAUGGCAAUCUCAUCACUGCCUGCACUCGGACGCUCACCCUUGUCCCCUCCUCCCUCCCACUCCACACGCCAGUUCCCUCCACCCUCCCUCUCUACACCUUUGUCAGAUCCCUCCCUCCCCCCACCCCUGUCCGCUCCUCCCUCCCUCUCCCCACCCCCUUGGACACGCCCUCCCCCAGGAUAGCUAAUAACACAGACCCUCUACAGCCAAACCCAUCCCCUGCUCCGGUCGCACAGCCCCCUGCCUCCUGUCACAUCCCCUCCAACCUCAGCCGCGUGCACCUUCGCAGAAAGAAGCGCCGUCGCUUCUCCUCCUCCUCCAAGGGCUCCUCCAUUACCUCCCUCCUGGCCCAGCAGCAGAAGCGAGCGGAAGAAGGCACCUCCCUGCUACAGGAGUUCCUGAGGAGGCAGGAGGGGCAGGCCAAGGAGGAGCAGGUGCAUCACAGCAGGGCGGAGGCCCGAGGGAGGAGGCGCGAGAGGAGGGAGGCGCGCAUGGCAGAGUCCCUGGGUAGGAUGGCCACGGCCCUGGAGCUGCUCUCCUCCAAACAGGAC